AAACGGCAAAACGUCAGAGCGCAACUCGACUGGAGGGAGUCAUGCUAUAAAGUCAUCGGAUGAUCCAAUGAUGGGCACAGUCAGACAUGCGUCGUCAUCAAGCAAUCACCGGCCUUUUGGCAUUGUUGGCGCUCAGCGCCCACGCACAAGAAACGUACUACGUGUACGAUGAUCGAGUACCUUAUGUCGGAGUUGUGGCCCGUGCAAAACGUGGUGGCGGUGGAGGGGGUUCAGGUGCAUUCAGCAGCGCAAGUAGCUCAGCAAACGCAAAUGCAUUUGGAGGCGGAAACAGUUUCUCGUCGUCGAAUUCCCAGGCAUCAGCAGGCGCCGGAGCUGGUGCAAAAUCAUCGGCCACUUCGAGCGCUAAUGCUGGAAGUGGUGGAUUUGUUUUUGAUGAUCAAUUAGGAGGUGGGUUCGGUGGUUCCGGAGGAUAUGGAGGUGGCGGACUAGGUACUGGUGGUUCUGGAAGAUAUGGAAGCGGUCUUGGAGGUUUCGGAGGUGGGCACUCGGGAGCUGGAGGGUUUGGAGGUAACCAAGCAGGAGCUGGAGGAUAUGGCGGCGGUGUAGGUGGAUCAGGAGGAUAUGGAGGUUCCUCAGGCUACGAUAAUAUUGGAGGCGGUUUCGGUGGCGGAAAUGGUGGAUUUGGAGGCGGCAAUAGCGGGUUUGGAUCCGGUGGUGCUAAGGGAGCUGCCAGUGCCGGAUCUAAUGCUAACGCUGGUGCCGGAGGUUUCGGUGGUUCCGGUGGUGGACUUAAUGCCGGUCUAGGCCACGGAGGUGCCGGUGGAUUCGGCGGUAACCAAGGAGGAUCUGGUUUCGGAGGUGGACUUGGAGGUGGUCACGGAGGUGGACUUGGAGGUGGUCACGGAGGCGCAGGAGGAUUUGGCGGUUCCAAUGCUAAUGCAGGUGCUGGUUCCGGUGGAUUUGGCGGUAGCCAAGGAGGAACUGGUUUCGGAGGUGGACUUGGAGGUGGACUUGGUGGUGGUCACGGAGGUGCAGGAGGAUUUGGCGGUUCCAAUGCUAAUGCAGGUGCUGGUUCCGGUGGAUUUGGCGGUAGCCAAGGAGGAACUGGUUUCGGAGGUGGACUUGGAGGUGGACUUGGUGGUGGUCACGGAGGUGCAGGAGGAUUUGGCGGUUCCAAUGCUAAUGCAGGUGCUGGUUCCGGUGGAUUUGGCGGUAGCCAAGGAGGAACUGGUUUCGGAGGUGGACUUGGAGGUGGACUUGGUGGUGGUCACGGAGGUGCAGGAGGAUUUGGCGGUUCCAAUGCUAAUGCAGGUGCUGGUUCCGGUGGAUUUGGCGGUAGCCAAGGAGGAACUGGUUUCGGAGGUGGACUUGGAGGUGGACUUGGUGGUGGUCACGGAGGUGCAGGAGGAUUUGGCGGUUCCAAUGCUAAUGCAGGUGCUGGUUCCGGUGGAUUUGGCGGUAGCCAAGGAGGAACUGGUUUCGGAGGUGGACUUGGAGGUGGUCACGGAGCUGGACUUGGAGGUGGUCAUGGAGGUGGACUUGGAGGUGGUCACGGAGGUGCAGGAGGAUUUGGCGGUUCCAAUGCUAAUGCAGGUGCUGGUUCCGGUGGAUUUGGCGGUAGCCAAGGAGGAACUGGUUUCGGAGGUGGACUUGGAGGUGGUCACGGAGGUGCAGGAGGAUUUGGCGGUUCCAAUGCUAAUGCAGGUGCUGGUUCCGGUGGAUUUGGCGGUGGGCACGGAGGUUCCGGUGGAUUUGGCCACCAAGGUGGAUUUGGAGGUGGUCCCGGAGGCUUUGGAGGUGCUGGAGGUGCUGGAGCUAAUUCGAACGCUGGUGCUUCCGCCGGAAGUGGAGCAGGAGGCUUUGGAGGCUCCGGAGGAUUCGGAGGCGGUGGCCUUGGCGGAGGACAUGGAGGAUCUGGUGGAUUUGGUCAUGGAGGUGGUCCAGGUUUUGGAGGAGCCGGUGGUUUUGGAGGAUCCAAUGCCCAGAGCAGUGCCAGCGCCAAUGCCAAUGCCGGUGCUGGAGCUGGUGGCUAUGGAGGUCAUGGCGGAAACGGAGGAUUCGACAUCUUCUCUCGUAUCGGUGACGCCGACGAGGGUGCUAACGAAAGUGGUUCCGUCAAUGGCGCCAAGGGUGUCUACAGCAGUAGCGCCGUGAACAUCGACUCAACUGGCAAAGGAUCCUACAAAGUAUCUGCCGGCAAAAUCCCUUAAACUCCUCAAAAAAGAUUAUGCUCUGUAAAAGACUAACAAAGAAACAAGAAACGAGAAGAUAAAAUCGACGAAAAAAAAAGUAAUAAAAAUACGACGACAUUAUGUGCCACCCAACGAGAACAAGGGCUAAUAGUGAGAACACAAUGCCAAUCAUUUCUCAUUCACCAUCUCUUGCCUAGAACGCCAUUAGUGACUUUUUGUAAACAGCUUCGCGUGGUAGUAUUAAAUAUGCAUUAUGACGAAUGUGAUACAUGUAGUAAGACGGGUUUUCCAACUGCCUUCUACGAUCCGUUUGCGAACGCAGCUUGAAACUCCUCGAUGGUCAAGGCCAUUUCGUUGAAUUUGGCCGAUUCUCUUAUGCUGUAUAUACUUAAACGUUGCAUUGUGAUAUACAUAUAUGUUAAUACUUAAAAUAAAAUUCUUUACAACUA